UGCUCUCUCUUGUAUUGUGUAAUGCAUUGUCAGUGUACAUGCAAGGUGAUCAGCUGUUUGCAUGACCUGGGAAGAAUGAAUAUUGCGAAAUUUUAAGUACACGCGCAUAGCUAGCUAGCUGUAGACUAGAGCUUUACAUUUUCUGCACACACACACUCAAACAAACAUUGAGCACUAAAAAGGGAAAUAACACUUGGAGAAAGCUGAGACUGACGACGAAAUCAUCUAAUCUUAGUGUUUGCUUUCGCGAGUCCAGAUCUUAUCAACGAGUUUCCAUUAUUUGAACCCUAUUUUUGGAUCCUGAUGGUCCGAAGUCUACAUUUUCAGUGAUCGUGAAGAAGAAGAAAACAUUUCCACGAUGCCAUCCAACUCGAAUGCCCGGGACGUUGAAGUCGGGGGCGACAUCGCGCGUACCAGUCGCCCCACGAUGCUCGUUCAUGCCCAUUCCAGCCAAUACGGAGGCGGAUCAGGGGGGACUGGGUCCACCCAACUCACCCCUGCAGGCAGCUACAUACCCCUCACCCCCUCUGCCAAUGCCUACCACAGCUACAACUCCAGCAUAGGCAAGAUGACGGGGCUUCUGCAGAUUCUCUGUGGCUCGGUGACAGCCGUGAUGGGGCUUCUGGCCCUGGUCUUGCAUUCACAUCAAUACUUCAUGGACCUGCCCCUGUGGGCCGGACUGGUGUAUCUGUUUGGAGGUGUAUUUGGUGUUUCAACUUCAAAGCAACAAACAUUCAUGAUUGGUCUCUAUCUUCUGUUUUCCGUUGUGUCAAGUAUGGCAUCUUCAGUGGUCGUGGUGACACAGGGACAUGCUACUUUUAUGGAAGCAAAUACAUGUGAAUGCUCCAUCCUAGAGAGCACCCAUAUGCUGUACGAUGCUACAGCUGCCCUGGUGUCAUGCCUGGAGCUCCUCGUGACCUGUGUAGCCAUCUAUCAUUGCUUGUUGGGUCUUGGUUGCUGUAGCUGCUGCCAGGGUCCUAUUCCCAGGGAACCAAGAAAUGGCAUUUCCCAUCCUCCAACUCUGAUGGAUUUCAGCAACAUUCCUCUCCCCCCUGCCCCUAUUUACCCAGUCCUGCCCCCUGGCAGCUCAGAGAAAGUGCCCCUUGAGUGAGGAGGGGGUCCUAACGAAUGAGCCAUCACGCCCCACCCCCAUGCUGUGGAUCGACAAUCGGGGCGGAGUAACAGCUCAUGAUGCAGCACAGUAAAGAUGUGAUUGUAUAAAGCUGUACUUGGAUUUCAAAGUUCAGUUUAUCACUCCAUUCGUUUUGGAUGCACUUAUAGAGGACUGAAUAUGCUAUUCAUCCAGACUUGCUUAGCACCGUGGUCGAUGUGCUGUAGGAGAGUUACUAACAUGUUUUUAUAGUGUAUUGUGCUAGUUGUGCUUGCACUUUAAGCUGGACUGUGUUAAUGAAUAUGCACGUGCUGCCGGUGGGGCAAGUUAAUCGCUGUGUACUUCCAAGAAAGGACUCGCAAGUGGCAUUAGCUAUGGCCAAAGAUGCGUGAGAAGACAAGAGGUCAUUGGCAGGAAGAUGGAGAACUUUAUGAGAGUAGCUUGGGAGGAAUAAAUAAUCUGUAACAUCCAAGUGUUAUUAUUUAACAUGUUUCAUACUGUAGGAGCUAGACCUACUGAAAAAAUGUAUUCAAUUGCCAUGCUAAAUUGAUUAUAAAUACAAAUUCUAUGUAAUCUCAUGCAAAUGUGAAACUAUUAUAUCUUCCUCAAAGCUUCCGCAAACAGAUUGCACAUCUGUUUUGAUCAACUUAAAAGUUAAAACUGUGAUUCUACAGAGGAGUUUUAUGAGGCAAUCUUUUUCUUCCUCUAGAAUUUUUCCAUAUAUUUCCAUUCUCUCUUGUGGCGAUGAACUUACUUUUCUAUCUUCCAUAAGACUUUUCUCUUUUACUUGAGUAAAUCUUUUGUAAUAAAUCUAUGAGCUGUCACUGUGAUGCUGGCGUGCACAUUAGAUAGUUUCAUAUGUCUUAAAGGCAAAUCUGACAGGCUUCAUUGGUUGUGUAAAAAUCUCACGUAAAAUAAAAUCUUAGGAUACUUGAUUUAAGUCUAAAAUUUAACUCAGGACUACAUGUAUAUAGGGCUUAAUUUGUCAAGAUAGUAAAAAUUGGAGAGUUCAGUAGAUAAAGCCACCUUUCCAUUUUUGGAAGAUACAAUUUUGUUCUGUAUGUUUUGAGUCGGGCCAUCCUCACUUCAGCUUUUAACUAAUCUUGCGUUCUGCUAGCAAAAUUCUAUUUUGAAAGAACGGCUCAAAAUAAUCCUAAAUUAUUUAUAUUGCAAUAGAUCUCUUCAGAACCUCAAACUAUUAACGACCUACAGAAAAUUUGCUGAAAAUCACUAUCAGAUGAAAACACAAGUCACAUUUGCAUGUUAUAGCUCAGACGACUAUGUGUAUAUGUAGGUAUAUAUACAAGUAGCUUGAUUAUCCUAUCUUUCACUUCUCAUCGCUCCAUUAUUUUCUGCCAAAAUCAUUUCGCAGGUACAAAUUAUUUGUAAUUCUUAACAUUUAGUCUAAAUUUAAUUUGAUUCUGUGAUAAUUCAGUUUACAUCGAUACCAGAACGCGAGAUUAUCCCUUUAACAAUUGAAUACAAAGUCAAGAGAUAACUACCCGGUUUUCUUUAGACCUCAACAAUGCAAUUAUAAUUGCAAAGCCUCUCUUGUGCAAAUGUUUGAAAUGAUUGAAGUAGACGCUGUAUGGUUAUAAUUGAAAUACUGCAUCUUGCAGGUUCGUUUACACCUAUACACUCAUAAAAGACACUACCAAGCAAACUGAUGCAAAAACUUGUAAUAUUUUAUGUACAUGUAUUUGAGAUUAAUUGUUGCCAAAGCAAUGGGCAUUCAAUGUGUUAUUGACUGCAUGGCAUGGCAUCAAGAAAAAUUCAAUACGACUGUACAUGUAAGAAGUUAAAAGUUUAAAUGUAAAUGUAAACUCUGUGAUAUGCCAUUCCCUUUUUAUACUUUUGAUAUGACAUCUAGAUAGAGUUGUAUAAUACUAGUAGUUUAGUAAAUCUAAAUCUUGAUCAGAUAUUGCUGGGUUUUUUUUAGCCAGAAAGGCAUUAACUCUGUCUUAAAUGCUAUGAGCUAUAAAUGCCAUUUUUUGUUCUCAAGCAGUAGACGAUGGGGUAGAAAGUUCCUUAAUUUUAGAAAAUGUGUUUUGUUAUGCUACAAGGAUUACACAAUUUUGUUUUAUAUUCAGUUACAUAUUGUUUACUUUGGGUAUUACUUUUGAUAUUCAGUUUAGGGGGUAGAAAGUUUCUUAAUUUUAUAAAAAUGUGUUUUGUUAUGCUACAAGGAUUACAAUUUUUUGUUUUAUAUUCAGUUCCAUAUUGUUUACUUUGGGUAUUACUUUUGAUAUUCAGUUCACUUUUACUUUUAUACAGUUUUUGUUAUGAAUUUUAGUGCAAUUUCAAGUCUUAGACGAAACGUCUCUAUUUAUUGUAUAUAUAGGUUAUAAGUCAGAUGAGAAGAAAAAGAUAACUUUGUUAUUACAGUUGCAUCCAUAGAAAACUGCAACGCUGUACAGAAAGAUCAGAGAAAGUCUGAAACAAAAGAAAUUAAUACAUAGACGUGCAGUUGUGAAUGGGCAACUCAUCAGUCAUGCUCUUUUCAGUUCGCCAUUUCUCGAUUAGCCUACUCUUUCAAUGCACAAAACAUUGUAAAACUUUUUGGUAAAAGGAAGAAUUAAUUCUCAAACUAAUAUCAUAGUGAAGGUACAUGCAAUAUACAUAAACUUAAGAUACUAAUCUAAUGGUUGGAUAAGUUCUUUCUUCUAAAUUUGAAUACUGUACGAAUAUGAAAUAAGUGUGUGAAAAGCAUGAACUUAGUCAUUUAAGUUGCAAAUACAUAAAGGCCUCUGGAAGGCCUUAUGUGAUAACUCAAAAGUUCAAAGGUAAUUUGUUUUAUAUGGCGGAUUAUCUUGAACAUUUUCUGCAUCUACUUGUAUAUGUAUAUCUCUGAUUUUCAGCUUUUGAUCAGAGUUUCACUUUGGGUAAACAUUAUUUUCAACUGUUGGUACAAAUGAUAAGUGAUAAGUUUAAUUUCUAUACAAUAGGUAAAUAUUGUCAGCUGAUACCAAAACGAUUUUUUUCCCCAUUGAAAUGUACUGUGAUGUCAAAGUUGUAAGGGUGUAAAAAAUUAUACAAAACAGCUCAGCUAUAAUAUCGGGAAACUGUCUGUCACAGAUCUUUUGAGCAGUUAUUAAUGGCUUUUCGAUUGUCACGUCGACAGAGUGAACUGCGACAUGACGUCGUUCUGAGGAUCUGCGCAAUCUGGAACGCCAAUCUCUACAGCGAUAGUGUGCACCAAGCUAGCUGUACUGGUACGUGAAUUAGACUCGUUCAAAGUGGUGCGUGCGGGGAUGAAUAUACAUGAAGAAUAUGUCACUCACAUCAUCAUGUGACAUCAUUUUCACUAUAGUGCAGCAAGCAGGUGUUGACUGAAAUUUAAAUGGUUUCAAAAGGAAAUGAUCACUCUCUGGACUAGAACGGCGUUCUUGUUGACACAAUCGAAAAGGCCCCAAUGUGUAACAUAGUUAUUGGGAUGUUUGCAAGCAUUACUUUAGGGUGCUACUUUAAAAAAAAAAUUACUUUGUGACUAGUUCUUUCACUCUUAACAAUAUCUUGCCAAUAUAUAGAUAUCAUACUCAAAUGCUCAAACGCUUUAUACUAUUCCAUAAUUUGUCAUGCUGUGGACAAACCUGUACAUUGAAUUUUCCCUGGGAAUGAAAUAGGAAUUGA